GACUGGCAGAGGAGGUUGAAUGUACGCUUCUCCUCAACCUGUGUUUGUGACUGAUCAGUGCCGUUUCAAAAGCGAGAAAUCCGAUAAUUCCGACCAGCCUAAAACUAUUCUAAGUGACGUGACGAUUUGGCAAUGAAAUAAUCCCCGGGGUGUGCGAAAAUUCCCACGUGAAAUAGUUGUUUCAGUUUUCGUGUGGUUGUGAAGUUGCUACAAGAAUGAGGCGAGGGUGUAUAGCAAGGAGAUAGCAACACUUGUGCAACACUAGCUCUCACAUGGGCUAGAUUAACAAGGCUUGUGUCUGCGUACUUCAUUAUUUUGGCGACUGGCAUGUGGCGCGUGGCAUGGACGACGCUCUUCGCAACGCUAAUCGGCGUGGGAGGCGCCGGGCCGGGCACCGAGGGGCACCCCGAAGGCCCUGGCACUGCCCACCCGUCCUACCUCAGUCUCAACGCCUCCGAAGACACCAUCAGCGUCAACAGCAGUAGUAAGCCCGCGAGUUCGAGAGCGUCGGCAGCUUCGAUGAGGACCUGUGCUGAGGCGAAGAUCAGGUGUGCGCUGAGAAGUGGCUGUGGAAUGGCCCUUCAGAAUUACAUGCUGGGCUGCGCUGAUCUGAUGAGCGGGAGGAUCGACUACUGUGAUGAGUACUGCAAGAAUGCACUCAUUGCUUUGACCUCCACGGAAGAAGGGCAUGAUCUUAUGGAUUGCGCGUGUGGCAACGAGUACUGCCGCGAGACCAAAGCGAGAGUCGAGGUGUGCCGGGAGGAGGUGCUCGCGGCGAACGCAGACACGACGGUAGUCUCCUGCAACGUCGCCCACUGGAUCUGCGCCGCCGACACCCUCUGCUCCGCCGCCAUUAGCUUCUACGAUCGCCUGUGCAGGAGGAUGUUCAUCGGGAAGGGGUGCAGCUACCGUUGCAACAACAGCAUAUCCAUCUUGCAACGGCAGGAGAAGGCGGCCAAGCUGGAGACGUGCGUGUGUGACGGCACCGAGCCCUUCGACUGCGAGGGCAUCAAGAGGAACAUGGCCCGCCUUUGCUUCCACGAAUUCGACGAAGAGGAAAUGGAGAAAGAGGAAGAGGAGACGAAUGAGGUAGAUACGACCUCCGUGUCCAAGGCGAGGUUGAAUUCCUCGGCGGGAAUCCACAGCGACGGGAACGUGCUGUGGCUCACGACCGUGGCGUACGCCCUCAGCGCCUCCGUCGUGCGGUGGGGCGGGGCCGGCAGUUAGACACACCAACACCUCCAAAAAUGGGUGUAGACGGCCGGCGCUCCUACGUUAGCCUCCUGCCGAAGGAUUGGGGUUCCUACAGGAGCGGGGAAGGGAAACUACACAGGAACCCGACCCCAUUCCCCAUGAAUCCAUCUCGGUCAACAAUCUCUACAAAGAAACUACCCGUCCAGCUCUUCUCUUGAUUUCACGGGUUGCCUUCAACACGGGUUUCCGCCAUUGCUUUGUCCGUGUCUGUGUAUACGGCCAGAAAACCCCCGUCCACGUCUUUGAAUUUGUUAUUAUUAUUAUUAUUAUUAUUAUUAUUAUUAUUAUUAUUAGUCUUUUUAGUAUUUUUAUUCCUAUUCUCACGGAUAUCAUUGUUAUUUUUCAUGAACAAAUACUCUUCUAAAAAUGCAGAAACAGUUCAUCAUGGCCAGACUCCAGCCAUUAUGAAAAUUGUAUAAUAUCUUGUUUAGCGAUGGAAUGGCAUGAGGAAACGACAAGCAGUGAAGUGAAAGAAAAAAAAAAUGAACGGAAAUGACAGGCAGUGACUUGAAAACCACCCAGUGCAAAUCGUAUGUAUAUGUGGAAAGUUCAACGUACAAUGUUUCUUACACUUUGCGAGAUUGCUAGAUCAAGAAGACAGGUGUGAUGUGGAGUAAUACUAUACCUCGGAAGUACAGUGUUCAGGAAUAAUAAUAUAUAAAAAGGAAAUCCCUUGGAAAAGUACUUACCUGAUAGAGUAAACCCCUGCACGCUUCCUGAAGACAAUAAGCGAUCAAUUUGUAAAACGAGAAAGAAAAGACUCCGAAUUGGCUUCAAUGUGUGAAUAACAUCGACAGCAAAUAAACAUCCAAUAAAUAAAUAAAUAAAUUACUUAAUUAAUAAAACAUGAAUAGGUUUAAUACAACGCGUGAAGUCAGGAGGGAAAAGCAGAGAUAUUUUAUUAUAUAAGUUUUCCAGAAUACCUCAUUUCCAGUAUUCUACGUGGUAAACAAGCGUAAGUUUUAGAGAGACCUUAUGUUUAAGGUCAUUAGUGCGCCCGUAGAAAAAGUUGGGGAAGUUGUGUUAGAAGGUUAGAUGUGUUGUGUACCCAGCG